ACGCAGCGGAUCCCUGCCGAUUGUUGGAAGAAAUCACCAGGUACCAGUUUUUCCUGCAAAUUAAGCAGGAUAUCCUGGAAGGCCGUCUGCCGGUCACCCCGGAGCUGUCGGCGGAGCUGGGUGCGCUCGUCAUACAGUCGGAGCUUGGCGACUAUGACCCGAAGCGGCACACGGAUGGCUAUGUGGGCGAGUUUCGGCUCUUCCCCAACAUGACACCAACACUAGAGGAGAAUAUCGUCGAGUACCACAAGACCCUCGUUGGGCGAGUGCCUUCAGUGGUGGAAUUCAACUACCUAGAGAAGGUCCGGUGGCUGGAGAUGUACGGCGUCGACCUGCACCCGGUGCUGGGCGAGGAUCAUACGGAAUACUUCAUCGGCCUGACCCCCGCUGGGGUCAUCGUUCUCAGGGGCAAGGUCAAAGUCAGCAACUAUUUCUGGCCGAGGAUAUCAAAGGUGCACUUCAAAGGGAAAUACUUCAUGCUCCGUGUACGAGAUAAAAAC